GCUUGGAAUCCGGAUAAUCACCGUCUACCUAACCCUUUUGUUUUCACCAGCUCUAUAUAAACUCUCUCUCUCUCUCCCGAUCUCAUCACCCAAACAAUAAACCCUCUCUGCUCUCUCUGCUCUCUCUGCUCUCUCUCUGCUCUGAGUCCUUGUCUGAAUCUGUACUUAACCAUGUCUGAGAGACCAAGGCGUCACCAGAGGAAGCCUUCUCUGAGCGUUUUUACGAACUCCCUCGAGAAUCUCACCGACAUAUCUCCCACAGCAACCCCUCCAUCCUCCAUCCCUCCUCAGCUGCCGCGCCAUCAGAUCCCUCCGCCUACUCCAGCUGCUGCUCCUCCAGCAAACCUUGACAAGAAAGAUGACAAUGCUAGCAAGGAAGAGAACGCCUCUUCUAAUUGAUUUAAUCGUGUUUUCCUUUGCUUUAACUUAAAAGUUUAAGGCUUCUAUCAUCGCAUAAACCUUUCCCUGUCUUCAUUCUAAUAUCGCAUAAUAAUCAGUCUUUUGUAAAAUUGACUUAUAUGAUAAUGAAUUAAUCGUAAUAUCCUAUUUCAAUA